AUGGCCACCCCAGUCGCACUCUCAGCACUUAGUCCACGCGAGGCCGUCGCAGAUGCCCUGCACCGCUGCCUCCUCGGUAUCGACAGCAAUGACCGGGAACUGUUCGAGUCGGGAUGCUUGAAGGACGAGAGCAUGGCGCUUGUCAUUGGUCCGGCUACGGUGGAGGGCUGGACCGCCAUCAGCGAGUUCUUCCACAAGGUCUUCGUCCUGGUCACCACGCACAUCACCAGCAACGUCCGCGUGGAGCUGAAGGACGGCGCGGACACGGCGUCCCUGACCGCCCACGCCAUCGCGUACCAUUUCCGACCGGAGGAAGCGCUCAAGCCCGAGGACACGUCGUACACGGCGUCGGUCUUGUACUUCAUAGAUCUCGUCAAGCACAGCGGCGAUGGCUUGUGGAAGAUCAAGCGGUGGGAGAUCAAGAUCCUGUGGACUACGGGUGAUCGAGCGGUGGUCUACCCUGAAUCGUGA